CUUCUCCAUUCAGUCUUCAGACAAUAACAACUCUCAUCAACACCUUCGUUGCUAAAUUAUCCAGUACAUCCUCCAUUCAAAAUGAAGUUCACACUCUCUCAACUCUCUGUUGCUUUGCUAGUGGUUGGAGCGACUGCCCUUCCCGCCAAGCCAGCAAUGGAAUAUCGAUCUGAGGUUGAUGUUGCCAACCCAGACACCAAGCCAUCUACCCGUGCUGCUUGGGGAAAGAGAUCUGAGGUUGAUGUUGCCAACCCUGAUACGAAGCCAUCUACACGCGCUGCUUGGGGAAAGAGGUCUGAGGUUGAUGUUGCUAAUCCCGACACCAAGCCUUCUACUAGGGCUGCGUGGGGUAAGCGUGAGGAAGUGGAUGUUGCCAACCCUGACACUAAGCCUUCAACUCGCGCAGCUUGGGGAAAGCGUGAGGAAGUCGACGUUGCCAAUCCUGAUACCAAGCCGUCCACUCGUGCGGCUUGGGGCAAACGAUCGGAAGUUGAUGUUGCCAACCCAGAUACAAAGCCUUCCACUCGUGCUGCUUGGGGUAAGAGAUCAGAGGUCGACGUAGCCAAUCCUGACACCAAGCCAUCCACUCGCGCAGCCUGGGGAAAAAGGUCUGAGGUUGAUGUCGCCAACCCUGAUACCAAACCCUCCACUCGUGCCGCUUGGGGUAAACGCUCCGAGGUUGACGUUGCUAACCCAGAUACUAAGCCGUCUACUCGUGCUGCCUGGGGCAAGAGAUCUGAAGUUGAUGUCGCUAAUCCCGACACGAAGCCAUCCACUCGUGCAGCUUGGGGUAAGCGAUCAGAAGUUGAUGAGCGCUCCGAGGUUGAUGUUGCCAACCCUGACACUAAGCCUUCUACCCGUGCUGCUUGGGGAAAGCGAUCAGAGGUUGAUGUCGCUAACCCUGACACCAAACCAUCUACUCGUGCUGCUUGGGGAAAGUAAGCUCAAAAGCUUUGAUGAAAGAUGAGGUGGUUCUGCAAGCACAUCGAAAGCAGCUACCAUCAAAGCAAAUCUAAAAGUGUUAGCUUCAGGGGUGCGGAUGCUGUAUUCGCAGCGGGG